UAGGAACUGAUUCUGGUGCGGAAUCCCGCUGCAAUGAGCUCAUUACCCAAGGAGCAACACAAUGGAGCAGGCGGACAGUACAGCUUCCCGACUGCGAUGGAUUUGCGUCUGUGGUUUGGCCGUUUCUGUGUAUUCACUGUAUGUGAAAAUGAAGCUGAAGGAGGAUGAGAACUAUAGGCCAAUGUGCGACGUGAACGAUAACAUGAGCUGCUCCCUAGUUUUUAAAUCAGGCUAUGGUGAUGGCUUUGGUCUGGGUAAUAUAACCCAAGUAAAUGCGCCCAACGGAGCCAUCGGUUGUAUAUUUUAUGUACUGUACUUUUUGAGCUCUUUCUUCUAUCAUCGUUGGCUGUGCUUGGCCCAACUGAUAAUAUGCACUUUGACAUUACUGCUCUGCGUUUAUCUGGGAUUCCUGCUGCUUUUCGUGUUUUACGAUUGCUGUUUGGUGUGCGUGACCAUCUACUUCAUACACACAUGGCUCUUUCAGGAAGUCCUACGGCGAUAUAGACGGCUUUAUAUGUAAGAUUAGGCCAGGCUAAGCUGAAAUUAUGAAGAUAAAGACCCAAGUUGAGUUACUAA